AUGCCGCUUCUUGGUAACAACAAGUUUGACCCCAACAAGGACAUCCCUGACCUUAGUGGCAAGGUCUACGCUGUCACUGGUGGCUCUGCAGGUAUUGGGUACGGAAUCGUUGCUCAUCUCCUCCAGCACAACGCAUCCAAGAUUUACCUCCUGUCCAACAAGGAGGAGCACGCAGAAGAAGCCCAAGAGGGCCUGAAGAAAUACGGCGAUAGCGCUAGAGUCGAAUGGAAGAAGUGCAAUCUCCAAGACCUGAGGAGUGUCGACACUGUUGCUAAAGAGCUCUCGAGUUUGGAAAAACUAGACGGUCUGAUCCUCAAUGCCGGUGUGGGUGUAGGCGUCUACAGCGAGACCAAAGACGGCAUCGACUCCCACAUGCAAGUCAACUACAUUUCUCAAUUCCAUCUCGCCAUGGUUCUCCUCCCACUCCUCCAACGCACGCCCAACAGCCGCCUCGUCCUCCAAGCAUCCGAGAUGCACAAGAUGGCCGACUCAUCAAUGAAGUUUGCCACGCUCGAAGAGCUGAACACCGACAUCGGCCCCACCAAGCUCUACGCCCGCACCAAGCUCGCCCAGAUCCUCUUCGUACGCGCGCUUGCCCGCCAUGCUGCCAAGGAUGAGCUCGGCUUCCGCAACCAAGGUAUGUCGACCGGCCCGUGGGUCAUCGCUACGCACCCAGGCGCGGUGAACACGGACCAGCCGGACCAGGCCGUUGAGGCGUAUGGUACCAUUGGCAAAGUGGGAGCGGCAGUGGUGCGGCCGUUCAUGAAGGAUCCCAUCGACGGGGGAUGCCGGUCCGCGCUGUUCGCGGCGACGAGCGAGGAUGUGCCGCGUGAAGGAAUGCAGGGCGUGUAUAUCGUGCCGGACCGAAAGGUUGAGGAGCCGAGUGACUUGGCGAGGAAUGAGGACUUGAGCGAGGCGCUGUGGAUGUUAACGGAGAGGGUGUUGAUGGAUAAGGUUGGCCCACUGGACUACGGACCAGUGCACAUUGAUAACCUGGCCCGAGAGGGAUUGCAUGGGGCGACGACCUGA